AUGGACACCUCGGCAGAUUUGAGAACCCGUAACUUACAUAAAGACUCUUACAGUAAGUCAUGUGUCUUUUUCGAGCUCAUGGCUGUUCCCGAACUUACUAAGUGGGAGGGCUGCAAUAUCGAUGCACUGCUGAGGGUCAAGCAUGCGUGCCUUGGACCGCUGAGACCAGACAAUGUUCCCAGAACAGAGGUUCCAGGCACAUUCGGUCUCGAAGAAAUUCAUCAGGCCAUUCUAUUCAUCAAAAUCUUUGGAAUCGACUUUUACAAAGAUCACGAAGCCGGCACUCCCCCACCCCAGUGGUUAACUGGUGGGUGA